GCCCUUUAAACGCCCCGCUCCCGAAGACGGAGCACCAGAGCCCGGCCACCGUGAAGCAGACCGGUGCGACGUGAUGGAGAUGAUGCGAAGCCUCCACCUCCUGCUGCCGCUACUGCUCCUCCACUCCUCGCUCGGAGCGGAGGAGAGGUCCGCUGCUGUCCGGGAGUACUUCAUAGCAGCGGUGGAGAUCGGCUGGGACUACAUCUACCUGGACGGUGCUGCACCCGCGUCCGAUCAGAGGGGGAGAUCAAAAGAGGUUGCUCAAAAAUACAUAAAGGCAGUUUACAGAGACUACACUGACUCCACAUACACAGUCCCCAAGUCAAGAGCAGCCUGGACAGGUAUUCAAGGCCCAGUAAUCGUCACCCAGGCUGGUGAAACAGUGGUAGUCCACUUUAAAAACCUGGCCUCUAAGCCCUACAGCAUCAGCCCUGUGGGGAUCACCUACUGGAAACAAUCUGAAGGAGCUGGGUAUGAUGACUCCACAGCUGGAGAGGAAAAGGAUGAUGAUGCCGUCUUUCCUGGAGGAUAUUAUAAGUACGUGUGGAACAUCAGCCCUAAAGAUGGUCCGACUAUCAGCGAUCCAGACUGCCUGACGUACUCGUACUCCUCCCAGGUGGACACAGUCCGAGACAUGAACUCAGGACUCAUCGGGGCCCUUCUCAUCUGUAAAUCAAGUGUGUUCACAGAUGAAGGCCAUAGGAGAUCUCCUGCCUUCGUCCUCCUGUUUGCAGUAUUUGACGAGACUAAAAGCUGGUAUGGAGAGAGGAGAGAGCGGAUGACCAGUGAGAAGUUCAGGAGGAGCAGCAGCAUGAAGGAAUACCACACCAUCAAUGGAUACGUCAACUCUUCGUUACCCGGUUUGACGUUGUGUCAGGGCCGUGACCCUGUGUCAUGGCACAUGAUUGGGAUUGGAACAGCGCCAGAAAUUCACUCCAUUCGCUUCCAGGAUCACUCUCUGCAGGUGCUGACUCAUCGUAAAGUCACGGUGGAAGUGACUCCGAUGACGUUUGUCACAGCAGAAAUGAGACCCACCACCUUAGGCCGCUUCCUCAUCAGCUGUCAGAUACACGCCCAUCGUUACGAUGGCAUGAAUGCUCUGUUCACGGUGGAAAAAUGCCCUGAACCCAUCACCGUGCCAAAAACGAGUCUGCGCAACGUCCAAAACAACGAUUACAGUGAAGAGGAGGAGGAAGAGUCAGAUGAUCUUUUCAACACCGUCCACUAUCAGCCCAAGAAGCCACAGGUCCAAGCCAGAGCCAGCAGAGGACAGCAGCCCACUAUCUGGGAGCAUUUUAUCGCUGCUGAAGAAAUCACCUGGAACUACGCUCCUCAUCUCAAACCCACAGACAGUGAGCUGCAGUCCAGAUAUCUGCCUGCUGAGCCUCAUCACCUCCACUAUGAGUAUAAGAAGGUCGUGUACGUGGAAUACACAGAUGGGUCCUUCACCCAGAGGAAGAACGCUGACAUCACGCUGCUGGGUCCAACUCUGAAGGGAGAAGUCAACGAUCAGCUUCAUAUCACAUUUAAAAACUUGGCUAGUCGCCCUUUUAAUAUUUACCCUAAUGGCCUGUCGAAGAUCUACCCGCAGCAGAGGUCCAGGAGCGCUGCAGAAAAUGAGUUGCGCUCCAUGGAAGUUCCUCCCAACGGGACGUUUGGCUACAUUUGGAGUCUAACAACAGACGACGGACCCUUGGAAGGAGACCCCCAGUGUCUGACCCAGCUGUACCAAAGCACCAUUGCUCCUGAGCAGGACCUGGCCUCUGGGUUGGUGGGCACCCUUCUCAUUUGCAAAUUCGACGCCAUAGACGUGAGAGGAAAGCUGUUGGGACCUGAUAAGAAGAUAGACUUGAUAUUUGCUGUGUUUGAUGAAAACAAAAGUUGGUACUUCAAGCAAAACAUGCAGAAAUCACGCCUCAGCUCGUUCAGUGAUGCAGACCCUGAAUUCUACCGGUCUAAUGUCAUCUACAGUAUAAACGGCAUCAUGUUCAGUGGGCGUCGGUUCGUCAUGUGUCAGACUGAUGUGUCCUUCUGGCAUGUGGCCAACGUGGGAACGCAGAGCGACUUCCUCUCUGUCUAUUUCAGUGGGAACCUGUUCCAGUACCAAGGCCUCUACCAGUCUGUCCUCACCCUAUUUCCCAUGACUGCUGUAACUGUUCCUAUGGAAACAGAUGUCAUCGGUGAGUGGGAGAUAAGCGCCUUCGACAACAGCCUCAAGAGCCGCGGCAUGAGUGUCCAAUACACCGUUCUUCCCUGCAACAGCGGAGAGAUCUCAUUGGUUGAUCACGAUGAAGAUGAAGACAUCUCUGAUUACUAUGACGACAUCCAGCCAAGAGGCUCAAGACCCCAAAAUGGCACAUUGUUAGUCCGAGUGUGCAAGAAACUCGUCUCUAACAAGACAAAUGUAACUUUGAACAAAACUGAGCGUGUUGCAUGUGAGGUUAGGAGAGUCCCGGUGGCAUCACUGGGAGAGACAAAGCCAUCCAAAGAUGCAGGAAUACCAGAAGAUGUUCUGCAAAAGAUAGAGAGAGAUGACGAUUGGACAACUCGUCACAAUCGGACUGGAAAAAGGCAGACAAGACAGUUGGACGGUAACUGGACUAAUGGAGAUGCCGAUUUUGGAGCCUUAGAUGAAGAAAUUCUAAUGAAAGUUGAACGGGAAGAUGCAGAAAACAUGACUGAUACUGACUCGGAGGUAAUGACUAAAGGGAGGAAUGAGGAGAACAGAAGGACUAUAGAGGAUGCCAUCUUACCAACCAGGGAAUCGUCAAUCGGUGAAAAGAUCUCAUCUGCAGAUUUUAUAUCUUUAUACGACAUGAAUAAUACCGUAGUAACUCAGGACUACUUAAGUACUGAGCCUGAGAGGCUUACAGAUGUGUUACUGGAUCUGGAAUACAACUUCACUGAUGCUAACGCUACAGAUGUUAAUCUGUCUCUCGAUUACGACGACUACAGUGAUGAGGGAAACAGCUCUUCGGAUGUUUUAAGUAGUGAUUACUUGAACAUUCGCUCUGGAGAAUUCAGACCCCGUCACUACUUCAUCGCUGCAGAGGAGAUCACUUGGGACUAUGGCAUCAAGACACCACUUCAGUUCAUCAAACCUGAAGAUACACGUCGAGGGAUGAGGAAGUUCUUGCCUGAAUAUAAAAAAGUGGUGUUUCGAGCUUACAGGGAUAGAGACUUCCAAUAUCCCGUUAGCAGAGGAGAAUUUCAGGAGCACUUGGGAAUCAUGGGGCCUUUAAUAAGAACUGAAGUUAACGAUCUUCUCACUGUGGUCUUUCGGAACAAAGCAAAGAGGCCAUUCUCCUUUCAUCUCCAUGGAGUGUACGACCGGAGUCAGGGGGCUGGCGUUGUACUGACCAGUUCUUCCUCUGCGCCAGCCGGAGUUCCCGGGGAUCCUGUUCCUCCUGGAGAAGCUCGGACUUAUAACUGGAAAAUAAACAAAAAACAAGGACCCGCUGAACCAGAAUUUGACUGCAAGACUGGAGCGUAUUACUCCACUGUGGACAAGGAGAAGGACCUUAACUCAGGUCUGAUUGGUCCACUGGUGAUCUGUAAAUCUGGUACCCUGAAAACUGGCCGGAACAAGAAGCCAGACAUCCGGGAGUUCUCCCUACUUUUCCACACCUUCGAUGAAACUAAAAGCUGGUACCUGGAGGAGAACCUGCAGCAGUACUGUGCACCACCCUGUUGGGCCAACCCAAAGGACCCCUGGUACCACACUAGCAACAGGUUUGCAGCAAUAAACGGUUACGUGGCAGAGACUCUUCCUGGUCUGAUCGUGGCUCAGCACCAGCCAGUGAGGUGGCACCUUCUGAAUGUGGGAGAUGACAGGGAGUACCACGCUGUGCACUUCCAUGGUUUACCAUUCACUCUUCACACUCAACAAGAACACCGUAUGGGGGUCUUUAGCCUCUUUCCUGGCGUGUAUGGGACUGUAGAGAUGAGACCCCCCACCGUCGGGACAUGGCUGGUGGAGUGCACCAUCGGAGACUACCAGCUAGCCGGAAUGAGGGCCAAGCUGUUGGUUUAUAAUCCAGAUUGUGCCUUACCUCUGGGAAUGAAAUCAGAAAGAAUCGAAGACUCACAAAUCACAGCGUCAGAUCACGCAGGCGACUGGGAGCCGAGGCUGGCGAGGCUGCACCAGUCUGGUUUCAUCAACGCCUGGGUGGGCAGAAGUGGCAAGUCGUGGUUACAGGUUGACCUUCUGAAACCAACCCUGCUGCAUGGUAUUCAGACACAGGGAGUGCAAUCAAAGCUGAGGGAUCACUACAUCACCUACUUCUUCAUCUCCUACAGCCUAGAUCAACAGACCUGGACCACUUACAUAGGAAACAACACCAGGAACAAGGUCUUGUAUGGUAACGUGGACAGCUCCAGGGUCAAAGAAAAUCGCUUCUAUCCACCAUUCGUGGCUCGCUACAUCAGGAUCCAGCCACGCAACUACGUGUUAAAGCCCGCUCUGCGGAUGGAGCUGCUGGGAUGCGAUCUGAACAGUUGCUCCCUCCCUCUUGGACUCCAGCUGAAGUCGAUGCCAGACAGCAGCUUCAGAGCCUCCUCUUUCCAUUCAUCUCUGCUGCGAGCCUGGAGCCCACACUUUGCUCGGCUUCACCUGACUGGAGGCGCCAACGCCUGGAGGCCAAAAAGCAACAACCCUCACGAGUGGCUGCAGGUCGACUUGGGGAAAGUGAAACGGCUCACAGGAGUCAUCACCCAGGGGGCUCGAUCGCUGAUGACCCAGAUGAUGGUGACUGAGUUUUCGGUUGCUUAUAGUCCAGACGGACAUUCCUGGAGAACUGUGCUGGAGAGGGGCUCUCAAGGAGAAAAGAUCUUUUUAGGAAACAAUGAUCCAGACGAGGAAGCGCUGAACGUUUUUGACCCUCCCUUGUUCGGCCGCUUCAUUCGCAUCUACCCGCGUGGGUGGAUCAACGACAUCGCCCUCCGCCUGGAGGUGCUGGGCUGCGACACGCUGCAGUGAAUCUGACUCCACGAGACAAAUGUGCUGCAGAUGAGGAGAUUUAAAAUUCCUUUGGCUUCCUCUGAAGUUUUACAGGAAAUGAAAAAUGAUAAAUUGUUAUGCUGGGCACUUAAAUGACAUAAAAUCUGUCUGAAGUUAUUACCUGUAGCCAGGAGAUUGUUUACAUUUUCACUUUUUUGUGUGAAAUAUGUUGAAGGCUUUAGUUGUAUUAAAAGUCGUGAUAAACUAUGAUAAAGACUUUUGUAUCACAUAGCUGUGGUAGCAGCUACCUUUUGAAUGUGAGCUUGUGUAAAUAUUUCUGAAAAGUUUGUAUGUUCUGACUAAUUCUGAUAAACUACAAGUUUAACAAGAGUUUCUGUUCAAUUAUGUCAUCGCUACACAUAAGCACAUAAACACUAAGACGCAUGCCAAACAGAACAGGUUCCCAGAACACUUCCCCGUGCUUUUUAUUAUUUUUCCACAUCUCUUUUUGCCAGAAUGUUCCUAAAACGUUGUUUUGGCUUAUCCUCUUCUAUCCAGGACCUCCUGGGAGAACAAAAGUCAACCGUUUAAAGAUGUAGCCAUGCACAAAAGGAAGCAAACUCCAAACAGACUUUAUCACCUCAUUAUCAGACAGGAAGUUUCCACGUGAGAAGAGAGGAGGAGGAGGAGGAGGGUUGGUGUUGUUUUGUUUGGAGGGCAGAUCGGACAGGACCCGUGUUGGCAGAGAUGUAGCAGUGGCGCUCUGUACCCACCUGGCUUUCACACUUAUCUCUCUGGAAACCAAAACAAAGUUAGCAGACAGAGCAUCUGCAUCCAUCUCCAGCUGAACGGUGCGUCAGACACACAAUGGAUAGCAGAGAUGGAAGCAGAUCACCUAACAGCGUGUGAACGCAGCAGAAAUAACAAAUACAGACCGAUUUCUGUCAAGGCUGCACUUCAUUGCUGAGUCUCAUCAGCUGGAAUAAAAAGUAACUGUUC